UUCAAAGUUUAAAACAUGGGGGACGCUCUCAUGGCAGAGUUUGGGCCUGCUGCUCCUUUUCUGAGGAAAUCUGAUAAGGAGCGUCUGGAGGCUCAGACUCGUAUAUUUGACAUGAAGAAGGAAUGUUUUGUUCCUGAUGCUGAGGUUGAGUACGUCAAAGCCAGCAUCCAAAGUCGUGAUGGUGACAAAGUUACUGUAAACACUGAAUUUGGAAAGACUGUCACGGUGAAGGAGGAUGACAUAAAUCCCCAGAACCCGCCAAAGUUUGAUAAAAUUGAAGACAUGGCGAUGUUCACCUUUCUCCAUGAGCCAGCUGUGCUGUUCAACCUCAAAGAGCGUUACGCAGCAUGGAUGAUCUAUACCUACUCUGGGCUGUUCUGUGUGACUGUCAACCCCUACAAGUGGCUCCCAGUCUACGAUCAAUCCGUGGUUGUUGCCUAUCGAGGAAAGAAGAGGAGUGAAGCUCCUCCUCACAUCUUCUCCAUCUCUGACAAUGCCUACCAGUACAUGCUGUCUGACAGAGAAAACCAGUCCAUUCUUAUCACCGGAGAAUCCGGAGCUGGAAAGACUGUCAACACCAAACGUGUGAUCCAGUACUUUGCCAGCAUCGCUGCUGCACCAAGUGGCAAGAAAGAGCAAUCUCAAGAGAAGAAGGGAACCCUGGAGGAUCAAAUCAUCCAGGCUAACCCUGCUCUGGAGGCCUUUGGUAAUGCUAAGACCAUCAGGAAUGACAACUCCUCCAGAUUUGGUAAAUUCAUCAGAAUUCAUUUCGACAACAGGGGGAAGCUGGCCUCUGCUGAUAUUGAGACUUACCUUCUGGAAAAGUCACGUGUGACUUACCAACUCAAAGCUGAGAGGGACUACCACAUUUUCUACCAGAUCUUGUCUCAGGCAAAGCCUGAACUUCUGGAAAUGCUCCUUAUCACCAACAACCCCUACGACUACUCCUUCAUCUCCCAAGGAGAGACACAAGUUACCUCUAUCAAUGACGCAGAUGAGCUGAAUGCCACUGAUGAUGCCUUUGAUGUGCUGGGUUUCACUCAAGAAGAGAAAAACAGCAUUUACAAACUGACUGGUGCCAUCAUGCACCAAGGCAACAUGAAAUUCAAGAACAAGCAGCGUGAAGAACAGGCAGAGGCUGAUGGCACUGAAGAAGUGGAUAAAGUUGCUUAUCUGCAGGGCCUGAACUCUGCUGACCUCAUAAAAGGUCUCUGUCACCCAAGAGUCAAAGUCGGUAAUGAGUGGGUCACCAAGGGACAAAGUUGUGACCAGGUGCACUAUGCUAUUGGUGCACUGUCUAAGUCAGUGUAUGAGAAGAUGUUUCUGUGGAUGGUGGUGAGAAUUAACCAGUCACUUGAGACCAAGCAGCCACGCCAAUACUUCAUUGGUGUGCUGGACAUUGCUGGAUUUGAGAUCUUUGAUUUCAACACUUUUGAGCAGCUGUGCAUCAACUUCACCAAUGAAAAACUGCAACAGUUUUUCAACCACCACAUGUUUGUGCUGGAGCAGGAAGAAUACAAGAAAGAGGGCAUUGAAUGGGUUUUCAUUGAUUUUGGUAUGGAUCUGCAGGCCUGCAUUGACCUGAUUGAGAAGCCCAUGGGUAUCAUGUCCAUCCUUGAGGAGGAGUGCAUGUUUCCCAAAGCCAGUGAUACCACUUUUAAAGCCAAGCUCUAUGACAACCACCUGGGGAAAUCCAACAACUUCCAGAAGCCAAGAAUUGUCAAAGGAAGACCAGAGGCCCAUUUUUCACUGGUUCACUACGCUGGAACUGUUGAUUAUAAUAUCAACAACUGGCUGGUGAAGAACAAGGAUCCUCUGAAUGAGACGGUUGUUGGUCUUUUCCAGAAGUCCACACUCAAACUUUUAGGAGUGCUUUUUGCUGGUUACGCAGGAGCCGACUCAGCUGCAGACGCGAAAGGUAAAGGUGCUAAGAAGAAAGGUUCAUCCUUCCAAACGGUAUCAGCUUUGCACAGGGAAAAUCUUAACAAGCUGAUGACCAACUUGAGGUCCACUCACCCUCACUUUGUGCGCUGCCUCAUCCCCAAUGAGACCAAGACUCCUGGGGCCAUGGAGAACCCUCUGGUGAUGCACCAGCUUCGCUGUAACGGUGUGCUGGAAGGUAUCAGGAUCUGCAGAAAGGGUUUCCCCAACAGGAUCCAGUAUGCGGAUUUCAAGCAGAGAUACCGGAUUUUGAACCCAAACUCCAUUCCUGAGGGACAGUUCAUUGACAACAAGAAGGCAGCUGAGAAACUGUUGGGUUCUCUGGACAUAGACCACGAUCAGUACAGAUUGGGGCACACUAAGGUGUUCUUCAAAGCUGGACUGCUGGGUGCGCUAGAAGAGAUGCGAGACGACCGACUAGCACUAAUUAUCACUGGCAUGCAAGCUCGGGCACGAGGUCAUCUGGCAAGACUUGAAUUCCAGAAGAUUGUCGAACGCAGGGAUGCAAUAAUUGUGAUCCAGUGGAACAUCCGGUCCUUCAUGGGGGUCAAGAAUUGGCCUUGGAUGAAGAUGUAUUUCAAGAUAAAACCUCUGCUGAAAUCUGCAGAAACUGAAAAGGAGAUGGCCAACAUGAAGGAUGAAUUCAUAAAGUUAAAAGAGGCCUAUGCAAAAUCUGAAGCUCGCAGAAAGGAACUAGAGGAAAAAAUGGUUUCUGUUCUCCAAGAGAAGAAUGACCUGCAGCUCCAAUGCCAAAGUGAGCAAGAUAAUCUUACUGAUGCAGAGGAGAGAUGUGAGGGGCUCAUCAAGAACAAAAUUCAGAUGGAAGCCAAAGCCAAAGAGCUGACAGAAAGGCUGGAUGAUGAGGAAGAGAUGAAUGCUGAACUCACUGCAAAGAAGAGAAAGCUGGAGGACGAGUGCUCUGAGCUCAAGAAAGAUAUUGAUGACUUGGAGCUGACUCUGGCUAAAGUGGAGAAAGAGAAACAUGCCACUGAGAACAAGGUAAAGAACCUGACGGAGGAGAUGGCUGCUUUGGAUGAAAUCAUUGCCAAGUUGACCAAAGAAAAGAAAGCUUUACAGGAAGCUCAUCAGCAAACGCUGGAUGACCUGCAGAGUGAAGAAGACAAAGUCAACACUCUGACCAAAGCCAAGGCAAAGCUGGAGCAGCAAGUGGAUGAUCUUGAAGGGUCAUUAGAGCAAGAGAAGAAAAUACGAAUGGACCUUGAGAGAGCAAAGCGAAAGCUUGAGGGAGACCUAAAGUUGGCCCAAGAGAGCGUCAUGGACUUGGAAAAUGACAAACAGCAACUUGAAGAGAGGCUGAAAAAGAAAGAUUUUGAAAUCAGUCAACUCAAUAGCAAAAUAGAGGAUGAACAGGCGAUGUCUGCCCAGCUUCAGAAAAAGCUGAAGGAGCUGCAGGCUCGUAUCGAGGAGCUGGAGGAAGAGCUUGAAGCAGAGCGAGCUGCUCGAGCCAAGGUGGAGAAGCAGAGAGCAGACUUGGCCAGAGAGCUGGAGGAGAUCAGUGAGAGGCUGGAGGAGGCUGGUGGAGCCACAGCUGCUCAGAUCGAGAUGAACAAGAAGAGGGAGGCCGAGUUUCAGAAACUCCGCAGAGACCUUGAAGAGGCCACUCUGCAGCAUGAAGCCACUGCUUCAACACUCAGGAAGAAACAAGCUGACAGUGUUGCUGACCUGGGAGAGCAGAUUGACAACCUGCAGAGAGUCAAGCAGAAACUGGAGAAGGAGAAGAGUGAGCUCAGACUGGAACUAGAUGACGUGGUCUCCAAUAUGGAACAUAUUGUCAAGUCUAAGAACAAUUUGGAGAAAAUGUGCAGGUCUUUGGAGGACCAGAUGAGUGAAUAUAAAACAAAGGCAGAGGAAGGACAGCGUAGCAUCAAUGACUUCACCAUGCAGAAAGCAAAGCUUCAAACUGAAAAUGGUGAACUUACAAGGCAGCUUGAAGAGAAGGAUUCCCUGGUGUCUCAACUCACCAGAGGAAAACAGUCCUACACACAACAAAUUGAAGACCUUAAAAGACAACUGGAAGAGGAAGUUAAAGCCAAGAAUGCUUUAGCCCACGGUGUGCAGUCGGCUCGUCACGACUGUGACCUGCUUAGGGAGCAGUAUGAGGAGGAACAGGAGGCCAAGGCUGAACUGCAACGCGGCAUGUCCAAGGCCAACUCUGAGGUGGCUCAGUGGAGAACCAAGUAUGAAACUGAUGCCAUCCAGAGGACCGAAGAACUGGAAGAAGCCAAAAAGAAACUGGCUCAGCGUCUGCAGGAUGCUGAGGAAGCUGUUGAAGCAGUGAACGCUAAAUGUUCUUCUCUGGAGAAGACCAAACACAGGCUGCAGAAUGAGAUUGAAGAUCUCAUGGUGGAUGUGGAGAGGUCCAAUGCUUCUGCUGCUGCUCUGGACAAGAAGCAAAGGAACUUUGACAAGGUCUUGGCAGAGUGGAAACAGAAGUAUGAGGAGUGUCAAUCAGAGCUGGAAAGUGCUCAGAAAGAAGCCAGGACUCAAAGUACUGAGCUCUUCAAACUGAAAAACUCGUAUGAAGAGUCCCUUGAACAUCUGGAGACCAUGAAAAGGGAGAAUAAGAACUUACAAGAGGAAAUCUCCGAUCUCACUGAACAAAUUGGUGAGACUGGAAAGAGCAUUCAUGAGCUUGAGAAGAUUCGAAAGCAGCUAGAACAAGAGAAGUCUGAGAUACAGACAGCCCUGGAGGAAGCAGAGGCCUCACUAGAGCAUGAGGAAGGAAAGAUUCUCAGAGUCCAGCUUGAGUUCAACCAAGUCAAGGCUGACAUUGAGCGUAAGCUGGCUGAGAAAGAUGAAGAGAUGGAGCAAGCAAAGAGAAACCAGCAGCGAACUGUGGAUACUCUGCAGAGCUCUCUUGAGGCUGAAACUCGCAGCAGGAAUGAAGCCCUCCGUUUGAAAAAGAAGAUGGAGGGAGACCUCAAUGAGAUGGAAAUCCAGCUAAGCCAAGCCAACAGGCAGGCAGCUGAGGCCCAGAAACAAUUAAAGUCGGUUCAUGCUCAUCUGAAGGAUUCUCAGCUUCAGCUUGAUGACUCUAUGCGAUUAAACGAUGAUAUGAAGGAAAACAUAGCCAUUGUUGAGCGACGCAACAACCUGCUUCAGGCUGAACUGGAGGAACUGAGGGCUGCUGUGGAGCAAACUGAGAGAAGUCGCAGACUUGCAGAGCAAGAACUGCUGGAUGUUAGCGAGAGGGUGCAGCUACUGCACUCACAGAACACCAGCCUGCUGAACCAGAAGAAGAAGCUGGAGGCUGAUACAUCCCAGCUUCAAAAUGAGGUGGAGGAGGCAGUGCAGGAAUGCAGAAAUGCUGAAGAGAAGGCCAAGAAGGCCAUUACUGAUGCUGCCAUGAUGGCAGAGGAGCUGAAGAAAGAGCAGGACACCAGCGCUCACCUGGAGCGCAUGAAAAAGAACAUGGAGCAAACCAUCAAAGACCUGCAGCACCGUCUGGAUGAAGCUGAGCAGAUCGCCAUGAAGGGAGGAAAGAAGCAGAUUCAGAAGCUGGAGUCCAGGGUCAGGGAACUUGAAAAUGAAGUGGAAGGUGAACAGAAAAAAGCUGGUGAUGCGAUAAAAGGAGUUCGAAAGUAUGAGAGGCGUAUCAAGGAGCUUACUUAUCAGACCGAAGAAGACCGAAAGAAUCUAGCUCGUCUUCAAGAUUUGGUGGACAAGCUGCAACUUAAGGUGAAAUCCUACAAGAGGACUGCAGAGGAGGCUGAAGAACAGGCCAACGGUAAUCUCACCAAGUUCCGCAAGUUACAGCACGAGCUUGAUGAAGCUGAAGAGAGAGCUGACAUCGCUGAGUCUCAGGUCAACAAGCUACGUGUCAAGAGCCGUGACGGGGGGGCUAAGAAAGGACAUGAGGAAGAAUGAUGUUCUUUCGGAAAGGAUUCCCAGUUUGUUUCCCGAGACACACUUGUCCUAGUGAUGGUGUCUCCCUAAGCAUGUCUUUUGGUCAGUAGAAUAAAUUAAAUAAGCAUCUAAAAA